AGUUACUUAAAUGUUCGGCAAAGUAUAUUUCUCUCGAAUAAAGCCAAAACGAGUGUUUACGAACAGUUACGAACGCAUGCCCUGAGCUAUACUAAAAUGUACAAGACCAAAUUAAUCCAGUCGGCGGUCAAUGAUAUGUGGUUUGCAAACCAAACCGACAAGGGUAUAGUAUAUGCUAAAUACUUUGAUCCUUUACCCGUUCAAACCAUUGCACUUAUACUCACAGCAAUUGAAUGCUGCAUCGACAAGUGGAUGACUGGAGUAAAGGAGGACAUCAAAUUUUCAUCAGUUGCUUACUCCCCGGGCUACCUUCUCCAUCUCAACUCCCUGCGGCGGUUCGAGGAGCAGACUGCUGCUUACAAACUGCUCAGUAAAAUCGGUGUCGAUCUUCUCGACGUCACUCGGAUGCACGCUGGUGUGGAUCCACUGAUGGCAGCAGUGACCAUUGAUGGAUUCACAGAUGAUGUGUUUGAUGAUGCAAUUCGUGAGUAUGAAGUCGAGACUCGAGAAGCACAAGAAGGGGGUCAUGGAGGCAUGGAUGAUGAUUGAGGCGGCUGUAUCUCAAGGAUUGUAUGCAUGCUCACACACUAUAGCACCUUAAUUGAUUCGAUUUUGUUGAUUUCCGG